UUGAAGCAGUGAGAGUGGGGUAAAGAGGCGCGCGCUCGCGUGAGGGGGAUGGGAUGGGGCCACUCAGAGCUCUCGUGCUCCACGAACUAAGCGCGCUCAUUAUUCUCACUUUUGUCCUUUAUAUUGAUGCUGUUUUAAAAUAAAUUAAAUCUUUCCCGUUACCGCAUGUGUUACGUGGCAUCCGAAAAACAAAAAGUAUCGGUCUGCGAUUGAAUUGUGGUGCAGAAAGCGUCUAAAAUGUAUCCCAUUGGAGCAGCUGGUGCUGCUGAGCUGUGUCAGGGACAGCAGCCUUCAGGGUCAGAUGUUUCUGCUCCCCUGUCUCCUCCAGCACAAGAGUAUGUCUUCAAACCACCUCAACGGCCAGACUUUGGCACAAUGGGUAGGACAAUCAAGCUUCAGGCCAACUUCUUUGAAAUGGAAAUACCCAAGCUGGAGGUGUACCAUUAUGACAUAGACAUCAAGCCUGAGAAAUGCCCACGGAGAGUUAACCGUGAAAUUGUUGAGCACAUGGUCCAGCACUUUAAGACACAGAUCUUUGGAGAUCGAAAGCCUGUGUAUGAUGGAAGAAAGAAUCUCUACACUGCCAUGCCUUUACCCAUUGGAAGAGACAAAGUGGAGCUGGAGGUCACAAUUCCAGGCGAGGGAAAAGACAGGAGCUUUAAAGUAGCUAUAAAAUGGGUGUCCUGUGUGAGUCUGCAAGCUCUACAUGAAGCACUGACUGGACGGCUACCAAACAUCCCCUUUGAGACUAUUCAGGCUCUGGAUGUUGUCAUGAGACAUUUGCCCUCUAUGAGGUACACCCCAGUUGGACGUUCAUUCUUCACUCCCUCUGAGGGCUGUUCCAACCCCCUCGGUGGAGGAAGAGAAGUUUGGUUUGGCUUCCAUCAGUCUGUUCGACCAUCCCUUUGGAAGAUGAUGCUCAACAUUGAUGUGUCUGCCACUGCGUUCUACAAAGCUCAACCUGUGAUUGAGUUCAUGUGUGAGGUUUUGGAUUUUAAAAGCAUUGAAGAGCAACAGAAGCCCUUAACAGAUUCCCAGAGAGUGAAGUUUACCAAGGAAAUCAAAGGUCUGAAGGUUGAAAUCACUCACUGUGGACAGAUGAAGAGAAAAUACAGGGUUUGUAAUGUGACUAGAAGACCAGCCAGCCAUCAAACGUUUCCUUUGCAACAAGAGAAUGGUCAGACCAUUGAAUGCACUGUUGCCCAGUACUUCAAGGAUAAGUACAAACUAGUGCUGCUAUAUCCACAUCUCCCAUGUUUACAAGUUGGUCAGGAACAGAAACACACCUACCUUCCGCUGGAGGUCUGUAAUAUAGUAGCCGGACAGAGAUGCAUCAAGAAACUGACAGACAAUCAGACCUCCACCAUGAUACGUGCCACAGCCAGGUCUGCUCCUGACCGUCAGGAUGAGAUCAGCAAACUGAUGAGAAGUGCCAACUUCAACACCGAUCCUUAUGUGCGGGAGUUUGGAGUUAUGGUAAGAGACGAGAUGACUGAGGUCAAUGGUCGGGUCCUUCAGGCACCUUCAAUUCUCUAUGGAGGAAGGAACAAAGCAAUAGCAACCCCAGUCCAGGGUGUGUGGGACAUGAGGAACAAGCAGUUCCACACAGGGAUUGAGAUCAAAGUGUGGGCUAUCGCCUGCUUUGCCCCACAGAGGCAGUGUACAGAACUUCUUCUGAAGGCAUUUACUGACCAGCUCCGUAAAAUAUCACGUGAUGCUGGCAUGCCCAUUCAGGGCCAGCCGUGCUUUUGCAAAUAUGCCCAGGGAGCAGACAGUGUAGAGCCCAUGUUCAAACACCUCAAAUACACUUACCAAGGCUUACAGCUGGUGGUUGUCAUCCUACCUGGGAAGACCCCCGUUUAUGCUGAGGUGAAGCGUGUUGGAGACACUGUUCUUGGCAUGGCCACGCAGUGUGUCCAGGUGAAGAAUGUGCAGAAGACCACACCUCAGACCCUUUCCAACCUCUGCCUCAAGAUAAAUGUCAAACUGGGUGGAGUCAAUAACAUUCUUCUUCCACAGGGCAGGCCCUUGGUGUUUCAGCAACCAGUCAUCUUUCUGGGUGCAGAUGUGACUCAUCCACCAGCUGGAGAUGGCAAGAAACCCUCAAUUGCUGCUGUUGUUGGCAGUAUGGAUGCCCACCCGAGUCGAUACUGUGCUACGGUGCGGGUGCAGCAGCACCGUCAGGACAUCAUUCAAGAUCUGGCCACCAUGGUGAGAGAGCUGCUGAUCCAGUUCUACAAAUCCACACGCUUUAAACCAACGCGCAUCAUCUACUACCGAGACGGCAUUUCAGAGGGCCAGUUCAACCAGUCUCCGGCUUUGUCUAUGCAGGUUCUGCAGCAUGAACUGCUGGCUAUUCGUGAGGCCUGCAUCAAGCUGGAGAAAGAUUAUCAACCAGGCAUCACCUUCGUAGUAGUGCAGAAGAGACACCACACCAGGCUCUUCUGCAUGGACAGGAAUGAGCGGGUUGGAAAGAGUGGCAACAUCCCUGCUGGCACCACAGUUGACACCAAAAUUACUCAUCCAUCUGAGUUUGACUUUUAUCUUUGCAGUCAUGCCGGAAUUCAGGGAACCAGCAGGCCGUCCCACUACCACGUGCUGUGGGAUGACAACCAUUUCACCUCUGAUGAGCUGCAGGUCCUCACCUACCAGCUGUGCCACACCUACGUGCGCUGCACCCGCUCUGUCUCCAUUCCUGCACCAGCCUAUUAUGCCCACCUGGUGGCGUUCCGUGCUCGCUACCACUUGGUUGACAAAGAACACGACAGUGCUGAAGGCAGUCACACAUCAGGUCAGAGUAAUGGCAGAGACCAACAAGCCCUGGCCAAAGCUGUGCAAAUACACCAGGACACAAUGCGCACCAUGUACUUUGCCUGAACAUAGCCAGAAACAAGCCCUACAUCCUGGAAACAGCACGGUGUGUGUGUCUGUGUGCAUUUUUGUGUGUUUCCCUCAGUUGUAUAAAUGAGAUCCUUCAGUGGGGGGAAAAACAAGAAUCCCCAUGCUGUUAGUUUUCAAAUUGCCCAUGAAGUCAAUUUCCAUACAUCAUAAAUAUCCAUGAUUUUAGAACUGUAAUUAUUAUUUUUUUUAUUAUGAUUUUUUUUUUUUUUUUUGGUGUAGUGGGCAUGGUUAUGUGUCUCUGUUGUAUAUAUGCAUGUCAGAUUAGAGGUUAACAUGUUUACAUAGUCAAUCCAAAAAUUCAAACUAUUUUUACACUGAAAGUUACAUUUGCUUGAUUCAGUACUAUCACCAAGGCUGGUGAUGGAGACUCA